CUUUCACACACCUCAGGAACACCUUUCAGCUGCCCGCUCCCCAGACACACCUGCAGCCCUGCCCAGCCGCCGGCUUUGCUCACCCACCGCUUGUAAAUGCCCCAGAUAUGAGCCAGCCCAGGCCCCGCUACGUGGUAGACAGAGCCGCAUACUCUCUCACCCUCUUCGACGAUGAGUUUGAGAAGAAGGACCGGACAUACCCAGUGGGAGAGAAACUUCGCAAUACCUUCAGAUGUUCCUCAGCCAAGAUCAAAGCUGUGGUGUUUGGGCUGCUGCCUGUGCUCUCCUGGCUCCCCAAGUACAAGAUUAAAGACUACAUCGUUCCCGACCUGCUUGGUGGACUCAGCGGGGGAUCCAUCCAGGUCCCACAAGGCAUGGCAUUUGCUCUGCUGGCCAACCUUCCUGCAGUCAAUGGCCUCUACUCCUCCUUCUUCCCCCUCCUGACCUACUUCUUCCUGGGGGGAGUGCACCAGAUGGUGCCAGGUACCUUUGCCGUUAUCAGCAUCCUGGUGGGUAACAUCUGUCUGCAGCUGGCCCCAGAGUCGAAAUUCCAGGUCUUCAACAAUGCCACCAAUGAGAGCUAUGUGGACACAGCAGCCAUGGAGGCAGAGAGGCUGCACGUGUCAGCUACGCUAGCCUGCCUCACUGCCAUCAUCCAGAUAGGCCUGGGCUUCAUGCAGUUUGGCUUUGUGGCCAUCUACCUCUCCGAAUCCUUCAUCCGGGGCUUCAUGACGGCCGCCGGCCUACAGAUCCUGAUUUCAGUGCUCAAGUACAUCUUCGGACUGACCAUUCCCUCCUACGCAGGCCCAGGGUCCAUCGUCUUUACCUUCAUUGACAUUUGCAAAAACCUCCCCCACACCAACAUCGCCUCGCUCAUCUUCGCCCUCAUCAGCGGUGUCUUCCUGGUGCUGGUGAAGGAGCUCAAUGCUCGCUACAUGCACAAGAUCCGCUUCCCCAUCCCUACAGAGAUGAUUGUGGUGGUGGUGGCAACAGCUAUCUCCGGGGGCUGUAAGAUGCCCAAAAAGUAUCACAUGCAGAUCGUGGGAGAAAUCCAACGCGGGUUCCCCACCCCGGUGUCACCUGUGGUCUCGCAGUGGAAGGACAUGAUAGGCACAGCCUUCUCCCUAGCCAUCGUGGGCUAUGUCAUCAACCUGGCUAUGGGCCGGACCCUGGCCAACAAGCACGGCUACGACGUGGAUUCGAACCAGGAGAUGAUCGCCCUGGGCUGCAGCAACUUCUUUGGCUCCUUCUUUAAAAUUCAUGUCAUUUGCUGUGCACUUUCCGUCACUCUGGCUGUGGAUGGAGCUGGAGGAAAAUCCCAGGUGGCAAGCCUGUGUGUGUCUCUGGUGGUGAUGAUCACCAUGCUGGUCCUGGGGACCUAUCUGUAUCCUCUCCCCAAGUCUGUGCUAGGAGCCCUGAUCGCUGUCAAUCUCAAGAACUCCCUCAAGCAACUCACUGACCCCUACUACCUGUGGAGGAAGAGCAAGUUGGACUGUUGCAUCUGGGUAGUGAGCUUCCUCUCCUCCUUCUUCCUCAGCCUGCCCUAUGGUGUGGCAGUGGGUGUCGCCUUCUCCGUCCUGGUUGUGGUCUUCCAGACUCAGUUUCGAAAUGGCUAUGCGCUGGCCCAGGUCAUGGACACAGACAUUUAUGUGAAUCCCAAGACCUACAGUAGGGCCCAGGAUAUCCAGGGGAUUAAAAUCAUCACUUACUGCUCCCCUCUCUACUUUGCCAACUCAGAGAUCUUCAGGCAAAAGGUCAUUGCCAAGACAGGCAUGGACCCCCAGAAAGUAUUACUAGCCAAGCAAAAAUACCUCAAGAAGCAGAAGCGGAGAAUGAGGCCCACACAACAGAGGAGGUCUCUAUUCAUGAAAACCAAGACCGUCUCCCUGCAGGAGCUGCAGCAGGACUUUGAAAACGCGUCCCCUACUGACCCCAACAACAACCAGACGCAGGCUAACGGCACCAGUGUGUCCUACAUCACCUUCAGCCCCGACAGCUCCUCAGCUGCCCAGAGUGAGCCACCAGCCUCUGCUGAGGCCCCCGGCGAGCCCAGUGACACUCUGGCCAGUGUCCCGCCCUUCGUCACCUUCCACACCCUCAUCCUGGACAUGAGUGGAGUCAGCUUUGUGGACUUGAUGGGCAUCAAGACCCUGGCCAAGCUGAGCUCCACCUAUGGGAAGAUUGGCGUGAAGGUCUUCUUGGUGAACAUCCACGCCCAGGUGUACAAUGACAUUAGCCAUGGAGGCGUCUUUGAGGAUGGGAGUCUAGAAUGCAAGCACGUCUUUCCCAGCAUACACGAUGCAGUCCUCUUUGCCCAGGCAAAUGCCAGAGAUGUGACUCCAGGACACAAUUUCCAAGGGGCUCCAGGGGACCCUGAACUUUCCUUGUAUGACUCAGAGGAGGACAUCCCCAGCUACUGGGACUUAGAGCAGGAGAUGUUCGGGAGCAUGUUUCACACAGAGACCCUGACUGCCCUGUGAGGGCCCGACCAGUCUUCAUGCUGCCUACAGAGCACCUGGCACUUGGAACUUCCACAAAAGAUGAGCCUGGGUCACAGGGAGUGUCGGGCAGAGGAAAGUGCAUCCCCCAGAGCUUGGCUUCCUGUCUCCUUUUUCCCGUCUCCUCCCCUCUUUCCUUCCCCGCAUCUCCAGAGAGAGCUUCUCAGCAGCCGGGGGGUGCUACCCUUCCAGGAGUGAGAGUCUGGUGAGCCCAGUCUUCACCCGUCAGGCCUUGGCCGCAAUGGACAAGCCUCCUGCUCGCUCCACCCCACCCACCUCUGCCCUGUCCUUGGCAGCUGAAGGACACCUUGACUUCCAGCUUUUACGAGUGAGCCAAAAACAGAAGGACAAGUACAACUGUGCUGGCCUGCUGUACAAGCUUCAAAAAGUGUCCCAGAGCCCACAUGGCUCAGUGUCAGAUGGUGUCAGGCUGUCACGGGACAUAGGGAUAAACUUGGUUAGGACUCUGGCUUGCCUUCCCCAGCUGCCUCAACUUUGUCUCUGGCAGCUCUGCACCCGAGGACCAUGUGCUCUCCACACCCAGGAGUCUAGGCCUUGGUAACUAUAUGCCCCCUCCAUCAUCGCCUAGGCUGCCCAAACCACCACUGCUGUCAGCAAGCACAUCAGACUCUAGCCUGGACAGUGACCAGGGCCAUCGAGACCACCAGAGCUACCUCCCCAGGGGCAGCCCACUAAGGUUCUGCCUCAGUCCCCUGAAACAUUGGUGCCCCUGCCCUCAGAGGCUGCUCCCUCCCCCUGGAGGCUGGCUAGAAACCCCAAAGAGGGGGAUGGGUAGCUGGCAGAAUCCUCUGGCUUCCUAGUAAUAGAUACCAGUUAUUCUGCACAAAAGCUUUUGGGAAUCCUUCUUUGCACCCAGAGACUCAGAGGAAAAGAGGGUGCUAGUACCAACACAGGGAAAACUGAUGGGACCUGGGCCCGGACAGUCCCCCUUGACCUCAGGGCCGGUCAGGGAAAUGCCUCCCUUUG